AUGAAAGAGAGAGGCAAAGCUGUUGAAAUCUAUAACAACGAUUCAGAUUUCAACUAUUCUGGAUUAGAAUUGCCCUGCAGGAAACACCAUUCUUCAUCUUCUAUUGGGAUCUGUGCUUACUGCCUUAAAGAAAAGCUUGUUAAAUUGAGAAUAACAAGUGGGGUUUUCAUGGAUUUAGAAUCUGAGACAAUAAAAAGUGGGUUUGAUCCAAGAAAAAGUGGACUCAGAGGUGGAUUUGAUGCUAAAAUUGGCACCGUAAAAAAGGGUGUUUAUCCCGUUAAAGAAAGUGAUUUCAGUGCCAUGGAUGAAUCAGCUUUCAUUGAUCUGAAUCUUGAUUUAUCAGCAGACCCAAAUCAGAUUUGA